AGCAAUGGAUCGAUGAGCAGAUCAUAGCACAAUAAAGAGGGGUCUCGUACCAGUUUAAUUUGGGUUCUUCUCAUUUCUCUUCCUUUUUCUUUCUCUCUUCUCUUCUCGAUCUUCUUUUCUGUUUCUAUAGCUAACGAGUUCUUGUGCCCCACUGAUCGAUCGAUCCAGAGAUUCGAGCAUUGCUUGAUUUAUUUGUGUUUGAUGGAGAGUGAUGAUGAAGAGUCUCCGGCUACUUCUUCUUCCAUGGAUAGUUGCAGUGGCGGCGAACAACAACGGUCUGAUCCGCCGCAGUAUUCCACGGCGUCCUCCGGCUGCUGUCGUCGGCCGGCUGCGACGACGAGGCAGCGAGGCGUCGUCAGCACGGAGCUUCACCUCGGCCUCACCUACGGCAACCCUUCCAGUUCUACUUCUACCCCGAGGAGUUCGCUCACGACGGCGACGGCGGCGGGUGAUCACCAUGGCCGGCGGCGGCGGUCGCUGUUCGUGAAGGUGUACAUGGAGGGCGUCCCCGUCGGCAGGAAGCUGGAUCUGAUGCUGCUGGACGGCUACGCCGGCCUCGCCGCCCAGCUCGCCGCCAUGUUCACAGCAUCCACCAUCACCUAUCCACAUGCCAUGGAUCUCCAUCAACAAUUCGCCGUCGGCGGGAGGACGAAGGAGGAUCAUCAUGUCCUGACGUAUGAAGACCAGGAGGGAGACUGGAUGAUGGCCGGAGACGUUCCCUGGGAGUUGUUCCUGGCAAGUGUAAAGAGAUUGAGAAUUGCAAGAGCAGACAGCAAGUAUCAAUGAUUAUUAUACGUUCAGGAUUGUCAAUUAAUUCUUUGUGGUGUUCAUGGAUUUAUUCUUUCUUCUUUUUUUUUUUAGUUUGCUCAUUUUGGUGGAGCAAAAUUGAGAUGAUUGUUUUCGGCAGGUGAAAAAAAAUAGCGAAAUUGAGCAUAGCAGAGUAUACCAAAUAUAUGUACCCAUUAAUUAUAGUAGAGAAAUAUACAAAAAUACUAAGCAUUUUCAA